AACGACUGGACCUACUGGUGCGGCGUGGGCGUGUUCCACAGCGGCGUGGAGGUCUACGGCGUCGAGUAUGCGUUUGGCGGGCAUGAGUUCGAUGCUCCAGGCGUGUUUGCCACCAAUCCCCGCCACGCGCCGGGCACGGUGGCAUGGAGGGAGGCCAUCCCCGUGGGGCACUGUGACCUGUCGCCGGCAGAGGUGCACGCGGUGGUGCAGCAGAUGGGGGCGCAGUACAGGGGCAACAGGUACCACCUGCUCCAGAUGAACUGCAAUCACUUCUCUAGCGACCUUUGCUCGCGGCUGACAGGGCAGGAGGCGCCCAGCUGGAUCAACCGCCUCGCCUCCAUAGCUGUCUCGCUGCACUGUCUGCUGCCCACGGGGUGGGUGCCGCCG